AUAAUUUUUACGGCCUUGGAGUUUUCCAUAUUGGCCAGUCAUUAGUGUACUUUACUCUAUGGUUGAACCAUAAUCCAAAGAGUAAAGUGAGUAUACCAAAGGCCAUAAUCAGAGAGUGUUGAACAAAUUAGAUGAAUAAUUAAGAUUUCAAGCAAUUAACUCUAUUUUUUUCGUAUUUACUUGCUUAAAUUAUUUCUGCCGAUAUAACAAUGAGUAAUACUAAAAAAGUAUUUCAAAUUCUGGUGGGCAACAAGAUCUUUUGCAAUGUUUGCUUAAAAGACAUCGAAGAUGAAAAUUCAUAUUAUUUUAAAGAUGAGAUAGCUUUAGACGUCAAUAAAAACAUCGAACUUUCCGAUUUGUUAGAUAACAUUUUGGGAUUAAAAGCUACAAGCAUCUAUGCUUCAGGGAUUAUAUGUCAACAAUGUUUGGAAACAGCUAUAGCCUCCUAUAAAUUCAUAAAUAUGUGUAAACAGAACAUAAAACACCUUAGUGAUUCUGUGGUCUUGUUGGCAGACAGAAUGAACAGUAUUGUAAAAGAGGAAGAGGAUAGUAUGAACACUUUAUUUAUAUCACUGGAACCUGAAAUUCCAAUAACAUUUGAUGAUAAAUGUACAGCUGGAUAUAAUAGCAAUGGGAGUGUGAAAAGUGAUGCAGACAAGUGCGACUCAAGUGCAUCUGAUUGUUUUGAGCCAUUGGUCAAAGUAAAAGUAAAAAAUUAUAUGCAUAAAAGAAAAAGCAAAGCUAAGAAAAUACCAUUGAAUGAAAUUAUUUAUGACAUAAACAAUAUGUCAGAAAUUAAAUGUAAAAUUUGCCAAAACAAUUAUUCUAAUUUGAAUAGAUUAAAAGAGCAUUAUCUCAGAAUCCAUGCCCCUAAAACUUUUCCCUGCACAGAUUGCUCUAGAAGUUAUGGUUCUGCUGGUAUAUUGGCAGAGCAUAAGAAUAACAGUCACAAGCCCUUUAUGUGUUCACAUUGUGGCAAGACUUACAUUGGUAAAUCAACAUUUAAAGUACAUUUGCAAAGACAUAAAUUGAGGUUAAUUUGCCAAAACUGUAGUAAAACUUUCAUACACAAGAGAAGUUACGAUAACCACAUUAAGAACAUUUGUGUUCCAAAAGAAAAGAGGAUUUUAAAUGAGAAAUAUGUUUGUGACUAUUGUGGGAAAUGUUAUAAUUGUAAACCAAAUUUACGAGUUCAUAUAAGAUUUGAACAUGAGAAUGGGAAAGGUCACAAUUGCCCUUGGUGUAAUAAAAAGUUUAAUGCUAUUAGCAGAUUGUCAAACCAUAUUGUUACUCAUACCCAGGAAAAAAAAUUUGGCUGUGAUAUUUGUGGAGGACGAUUUGUAACAAAGCCUUCGUUACUUUAUCAUACUCGUAUCCACACUGGGGAAAAGCCUUACCAGUGUAAAUAUUGUGAUAAAACGUUUCUCUCUGCAUCUAGAAGGUCAGAACAUGUAAAACGUCACCAUGCUGAACCAAUGAUAGAAUGUAAUUUGUGUCAUAGCAAGUUUCGAAGUAAGUCCUGUUUGAAGAGGCAUGAGAAACGGCAUUUUAACCCCAAAAGCAGAUUACAUGUCUCACAGAUAUCAGACAAUAAAGAUGUCAAAGUUUAAACCCCAAUAGAGGACAGCAUUACUCUCGGCUAAUACGAAAUAAAAAUGUCAAAGGAUUUACAAAUAUAAUCAUUCAUUUAUUGCUAGAACAUUUUUGUCUUAGUUAUUUAGUCAUUAAUGGCAAUACACACCUAGCUCUAGGUGGUGGGAUAAUUUGCUAUGACUCUCCCUGAACGAAAAAACAAUUUUGCUUGUGCCAAGUUGCAUUCUUUAUAUGAUUUUGAGAUUAAAAAUAAUCUAAUAUUUGUAGUUUAUUUAUGAUGAAUACUUAAUUUAGAUAUACCAAUCUGAAUUG